UCGGUUCGGAUCAAUCGCGGGUUCUUAUUUAAUACGGUUUUCAGAGUCGUGGAAGCCUUUAAGCUCCUCCGGUAACAGGCUUAAGGCUUGUUUUAUCCUUCGUGUGUGCGUGUGCGUGCGUGCGACGAACGUCUUGGGCAAAAAUACUACUACGUACUAGAAGGAGGAGGAAAGUCGCUAAGUAGCGAUUCUGUCGGGACCUCCAAGCCGGGUGUGUUUGACACCCCAUGUGGCCUAACAGUCUGUCAGGAGGUUGCAACCCUGAUGGGGAGCUGGCAUUUCCUUCGUUCGGCUCAGCGUGCGGCUCCGGCCCGGGACCCGGCAUGGCCUCAUACCUCAAGAGUGCCGGACCCUACGGCGUCAACGGCAUCGGACUGGCUAUGGACUCCCUGCACUCCUCCAUGGGAUAUCCUCCAGGAAACCCCCGCAAGCAGCGGCGAGAGAGGACGACGUUCACGAGAGCACAGCUUGACAUCCUGGAGGCACUGUUCUCCAAGACGAGGUACCCGGACAUCUUCAUGCGAGAGGAAGUGGCUCUCAAGAUCAACCUUCCGGAGUCAAGAGUGCAGGUUUGGUUCAAGAACCGCAGAGCCAAGUGUAGACAGCAGGUGAAACAGCAUCAGCAGUCUCAGCAGCACAAUGGAGACAAGAGUCGGGCCGUGGCCAAGCCUAAGGCCAGCAAUCCACCGGCCACCACGGCCAAGACUACCACCACCUCCUCGGCCUCCAGUCCAGGCCCUGGCCUACACAGAGACAGCCCCUCCUACAUCAAGCCUCUACUGACAGGCACACCUCCUGUACCCUCCGUCUACUCCUCUGCAGGUUCGAACACGUCGAUAUGGAGUCCAGCUGUGAUAGACUCGUGUGUGGAGGCGCAGAGAGGGGUAACGUCUAGUGCAGGAGGUGGGGGUUACACGCCUUCCCCCUCCACACCUACGACCAACUGCUACCCUCCGCCUCACCAGAACUACAACCCUUACUACUCAGGCAUGGACUACCUGGGCCCCACUGCGAUAUCACACUCACAAUUAAAUCCAGAAACGAGUAUUGAAAGCUCAUGGGUUAAACGUGAAGACUCAUCGUCCUGGUUCUACAACUCUACAGGUUGGGACAGGAAAUGAGACCAGCUUCAACAGCUGCGCUACAGUAUGUUCCAGAAACGGCCUGAACUUGGACUGAGUCAAGUGCAAUGCUGGUCAUCUGUCGCCAACUCCCAAACUCCUGAGUGACGUACUUACGUUCUGUCACUGACCUGCGUACGUACAGAGACUGUGCGUACGAUCGACGGCUGUGAUCUUGUAUCAAGACACUUUCUGCGUCCCGUCUCUUCAUCAUAUCAAACCAAUAUUUGUACAGUAAAGUUAACUUUGACACAAAGUACAACUGUAAUAUUUGUAAGAAAGCGAGUAUAGCUAGUGUAUCUGUUACGAGCGUAGCAUCAUUGCCCUGGGUGUGAGUGAUUUUAAUUCAACGAAUACUUUUGCGCUAGGCCUAUUAUACAUUUAUUUUACGAGGACAAUCAAACAUUAAUAAAACUUUUUUUGAAAGAUAGAAAAGAAACGUGUCAGUUCCUCUUGCGUAUAGUUUUCCUUUGUGUAGGUACUGUUACUUCUUUAACAAAAUUUAAAAUCGAUUUUUGUAAUUUUGGAUACCAGCUUGGCUUUUAUUGAACUUUUAAAAGUUACUAAUAGAACGUGAAAAAGUUGCGAGAGAUGAGCAAAGACUGAAGUACAUCUUACACAAUUAACUUUCUUUGUAUAUUAAAAUUCCAAACUAAAUUCAUUAUCUGUUCAAUAUGCUUGAUUGUCCAUCAAUCCCUUUUGGAAAUAACCUUUUAUAGAAUCAACGA